GGAAAUUGCGCUCUCAUUGGUCGCCACCCGGGUUUCAAAUUGCGCCUGAGGCCUGCGGGCUUCUGACUGAAGUCCUCUGGGCUUCGCGCGGGAGCAACGCGUGAGUGGCCCCCAGACUAAUUUCUUCACUGCCAAAAUGGCAUCACUUUCUACCUCUGCCCAGUGUUCAGCCUCUGACGGUGCUUGCAGGAGCUCUCCAAGACAGAUCAAGCAGGUACGACCAAAACUGCCACUUCUGAAGAUUUUGCAGGCAGCAGGUGCCCAAGGUGAAAUCUUCACUGUUACCCAGGUCAUGCACUUUCUAGGCCAAUAUAUAACAAUGAAGCAGCUUUAUGAUCCUCGGGAGCAGCAUAUGGUAUAUUGUAGUGGAGAUCUUUUGGGAGAACUCCUAGGAUGUCAGAGCUUCUCUGUGAAAGAUCCCAGCCCUCUCUAUGCUAUGCUAAGAAAGAAUCUUGUCGCUUUAACCACUGCUACUGCAGAUGCUGCUCAGACUCUCGCUAUCGCACAGGAUCAAAAUCUGGAUAUUCCAAGUCAAGACCACCUGAAGCAAAGCGCAGAGGAAAGUCCCAGUUCCAGGAAAAGUACCGAAGAAGGCAAUAUGCCCACACUGCCUACCUCACAGGAUAAGUGCACACCUUCCAGAGAAGAUGAGACCUCUAGGCUGGACCUCGGGCUGGAGGAGUGGGAUGUAGCUGGCUUGCCAUGGUGGUUUUUAGGAAAUUUGGGAAACAGUUACACACCUAGAAGUAAUGGCUCAACUGAUUUACAGACAAAUCAGGAUGUAGGUACUGUCAUUGCUUCAGAUACGACAGAUGACGUGUGGUUUUUGAAUGAGUCGGUAUCAGAGCAGUUUGGUGCUGGAAUAAAAGUUGAAGCUGCUGAUAUUGAACAAACAAGUGAGGAAGUAGGAAAAGUAAGCGACAAAAUGGUGCCUGAAGUGGGAAAAAGUGAUGACCUUGAGGACUCUAAGUCCAUAUGUGAUGACACUGAUGUAGAGGUUGCCUCUGAGGAUGAGUGGCAGUGUACUGAGUGCAAGAAAUUUAACUCUCCAAGCAAGAGAUACUGUUUUCGGUGCUGGGCCCUGAGGAAAGAUUGGUAUUCAGAUUGUCCUAAGUUAACCCAUUCUCUCUCCACGUCUGAUAUCACUGCCAUACCGGAAGAGAAGGAAAAUGAAGGAAUUGAUAUCCCUGAUUGCCGCAGAACCAUAUCAGCUCCAGUUGUUAUACCUAAAGAUUCAUGUAAAAAAGAAGAAAACCCCAAACUCUUUGAUCCCUGCAACUCUGUGGAGUUCUUGGAUUUGGCACACAGUUCUGAAAGCCAAGAGACUGUGUCAAGCAUGGGAGAACAAUCGGCUGACCUUUGCAAGCAGAGAGCAGAGACGGGCAGCACGGAGGAUUGCCGGAAUCUUCUGAAGCCAUGUAGUGUAUGUGAGAAGAGACCGCGCGACGGGAACAUUAUUCAUGGAAAGACGAGCCAUCUUGUCACUUGUUUUCAGUGUGCCAGGAGAUUAAAGAAGACCGGGGCUUCAUGCCCUGCGUGCAAGAAAGAGAUUCAUUUGGUUAUUAGGGUUUUUAUAGCAUAGCUGUGAAUCUGAACUUAAAAAAUACUAACAGGGUCAGGCCAAGUAUUCAAAACGUAGGUCUUGAGCAUCUUCGUCCAGUCUGAUCCAUUGUUUGUUUAUUCAUGUAAAUGUUGUAUUAAGACCACUUUUGUUUGUAAAUGUGUGAAAAUUGAGAAUGAGUUCUUUCAUCCUCCCUUCAGAGCUGAGGAUCUGGGCCCUGGUUAGUGUGGCUCAGUUGAUUGGAUGCCA